AUGUUGGUGUCUGACAGCGGGGCACAAUUUACCUCUGGGGAAUUUGCAAAAUUCCUGGGGGACAAUUUGAUCAAGCACGUAACCUCUGGGCCGUUUCACCCAGCCACAAACGGGCAAGCCGAAUGUAUGGUUCGGACAACUAAAGAAGCUCUUAAGCGCAUGAGUCAGGUUGAUGAGCAACGAGGGCCUCCAGACGAGGAGGUGCGUGUUGCUGAGCCCAUUACUGACCCCGAUCUUGGGCAAUCCUCAACUCAUGAAGGUAGUCCCUCAGAAAGUAGUUCUCCAGACUCACUGACAGAGUUUCUCCUCUACGCGGCGGCGGUGCUCGCCGGGCUGGGGUUGGCGCGGCGGGCAGAGAUGGCGCGCCAGCAAAGUCAGCCCGAGGAAGAGACCGAUGGAGACGGGAGGGGCGGCCUGGCGCGGCGCUUCGAGGGCUUCGUGGCUCCGCCGGUGAGCGGGAUGCGCGAGCUGCGGAGCCGGCGCGGGGAGAUGCGGAGCCGCAUGGAGAUGCUCAUCAUGGAGACGCAGGGCCAGGUGUGCCGCGCCUUAACCCAGCUCGACGGCGGCGCCUCCUUCACAAUCGACCGCUGGGAGAGGAAGGAAGGUGGUGGAGGCAUCAGCUGUGUUCUUCAGGAUGGUGAAAUCUUUGAGAAGGCUGGAGUUAACGUGUCUGUAGUGUUCGGCCAUCUUUCUGAAGAAGCUGCUCAACAGAUGAGAAGCAGGGGAAAAACUCUGAAGGCCAAGGAUGGAAAACUGCCUUUUUGUGCCAUGGGAGUAAGCUCCGUUAUUCAUCCAAAGAACCCUCAUGUUCCCACUAUACACUUCAACUACAGAUACUUUGAAAUUGAGGAGGCGGAUGGUUCAAAACAGGGGUGGUUUGGUGGUGGAACAGACCUUACUCCAACUUACUUGAAUGAAGAAGAUGCUGUUCAUUUUCAUAAAACUCUAAAGGAAGCCUGUGAUCAGCACAAUCCAGAACUGUACCCUAAAUUCAAGAAAUGGUGUGAUGACUAUUUCUACAUCAAGCACCGUGGAGAAAGAAGAGGGAUUGGAGGCAUAUUUUUUGAUGAUCUGGACUGGCCCUCAAAAGAGGAAGCCUUUCAGUUUGUUCAGAGCUGUGCCAAAGCCAUUGUGCCUUGCUACAUUCCCAUUGUAAAGAAGCACAGUCACGACCCAUUCACACCAGAGGAAAAACUGUGGCAGCAGAUUCGUAGAGGGAGGUAUGUGGAAUUCAAUCUGGUGUAUGACAGAGGUACAAAGUUUGGUCUUGCAACACCAGGAUCUAGGAUUGAAAGUAUACUUAUGUCGCUGCCACUCACUGCCAGGUGGGAAUAUAUGCACUUGCCUCCAGAGAAUUCCAGGGAAGCAGAAAUUCUAGAAGUUUUACGCCAGCCCAGAGACUGGGUGCACUGACCAGCAGCCUCGGCUGCGUCUAGUCAGCCACGGGAAAGGAUAUGAACUCCUGCUGGCUCGCUCUUCAAACUGCUAUUGUGCUGCAGUUAAUCUUUGUCUACUUCUUCUCUUAUGUGCCUUAGAAAUAGUAAAUUAUUGUACAUAUUGUUCCCUUGAAAAGCCACAAGCUGCUCCAGACACAGUGUCUUGUGAGAUUAACUGACAUUUGCGCCGUUGUGAAGUGCAGGGGGGAAAAGGGCUCCCUGUGGUGCACUCAAAAUGUGAUCAGAACAGAGUGUUAUCAGAUGCUCUGAGCUGUUAUGUUUUUUUUCACAAGCUACAAGGGAGCUAUUCUAGGGGCCAUUUGUAAUUUACACUUAUACCUGACACUAUUUGCGAAAUGUUCCUAGCUUGCUUCAGUAGUUGUAUGUAUUGCUUAAUGGUGCUUGUUUGUUAAAUCGUGUAUUUUAAAGAGAGUUUACUUGAUCUGCAUUCAGUUGACCUGUGCUGACUUGCUGGAUAUGUCGCACUGUAAGAAAACCUCUGCCACACAGAUAGUGCUACAUAACUUGUAAACUGUGAGCAAAAGACAUCAGCAUGCAGCACAGCAGUUUUCUGUCAUUAAAUAAAGCAUGAACUGUGAUAGCAUAGCUCAGGGCCAGAAACCUUAAGAAUAGGAACCAUCAGCACUUUUCACAUUUUGCUGCUGUACAUUAGAAAAGGCAGCAAUUUCAGGUUCCAGUGUCCAACAAUGCCACAAUCAAUCAAUAUAUAAACUGUGGGUGCACAAGGGUGUGGUUUGUACACACACAUGCUUGAUCUUAUGCACAUGUAGGUCUUGCAAACCACUGAAGCCUGGAUAGUCUGGAGGAAGUUAUUUUGGCACUUUUACUCAAGCAUCUUUAAUCCAGUGUUUUCCAAUGUUUUCUCUCUCUGCCUUUGAGGCUUGAUAAUAUUACUUGUGGAAACAAGUUGCUUCAGGAGCAAAAGCUUAAGAGGAUAUAAACAGGAAUAAGCAGUGAUAAUUUAAACCAGUUUCAAGGAUGUGUUUAAUUUGCUUUUGUAUUUUCCACAACUAUAAAUAAAAUGAAAAAAAUUAUACAUGUAGUUUUUUAAUGGUUCUUUUCCACAGUCUGUCCUUCAUUAACACUAUUUACAAGGGUCUCAUUCCAAACUAAACAUUUUUAUUGUCAUUUUUUGAAAAUGCUGUAGCACUGUGAGGCAGUGAAAGCACGCUAAUUCUCGCUGGGUUGGCAAAACUCACUGAGAACCUGUGUGCUGUAUCUCCAUCUAGUGGGAAGCAACUUGCAAAAUGGAGUGUUUGGGAGGAUUUGUGGUACA